CUAAAGCUCUUACAACCAUUAAAGAAAUACACCCACAUUGCAUAAGCCAUUAAUAAAUGUCUCCUUAGAACCAUACACACAGACCUUCCAUGUCCCCCCAUUCUUACCCCAUUAUAAGCUGCAAGAACCCGGCCCAGCUUCAUAUCUGCACCAUUUUCUAGUACCCCCGUGUGCCUGAUCAGUUUAAUUUCUUGAUUCUCUUUCUUGCCAAAGUACUUAUAACAUCUCUUUUAAACUACUCUCUGCUAGCUGUCUUUUUAUUACAUCAAUAAUUUAGUUAUGGCAACCGGGGCGGGCUCUCCCUGCGGCGCAUGCAAAUUUCUCCGCCGGAAAUGCGCGGCGGAUUGUGUGUUCGCGCCCUACUUUUGCUCGGAGCAGGGCCCGGCUAGGUUUGCAGCCAUUCACAAGGUGUUCGGAGCUAGCAACGUUUCCAAGCUGUUGUUGCAUGUGCCUGUGCCUGAUCGGUGUGAAGCGGUUGUCACCAUUGCUUAUGAGGCUCAGGCUAGGAUUAGAGACCCCGUCUAUGGCUGCGUCGCUCAUAUUUUCGCCUUGCAACAGCAGGUGGCGUAUCUUCAAGCGCAGCUGAUGCAGGUGAAGGCUCAGCUGGCACAAACCCUGAUGGAUCAAUCAUCAAGGAACGCAGAAAAUCUAUGGCCAGGGAGUUUGGGUCCAGGACCGACUGGACCAUCACCAUUUCCAGGUUCUUUCCCAGAUCAUAUGAACUAUUCCAACAUCUCACCCCAGAGUUCACUCGACUCCGUCGAACACCACAGCGAUGGAAUUCAUCAAGGCAUGCAAGAAACAGACAGUAGAGACGACUUACUCACAUUUCAGGCCUACAGCAGGAAGAGACCUUCACAGACAGACCUGAGUGAGCUGCAUAUAUAUAAUUAGACAUCCUUAAAAAAAGUCUUUCAAUACCAAUAAUUCUUCCUUUGUCCAGGUUAUAAAAACAUUUUUGUUCCCAUUACUUCCGAUAGAUUUCCGGCUUCGACAAUUAGGGAAAAUUUUAAUUUUCAUCCGCCUUUUACAAUUCUUUUUCUUUUUUUUUUGGUAAUUUUGGUCUUAAUUCUAAGAUUUUGUACAUGAUUAAGGAUGAAAAUGUCUUGAAUUUGCUAAAAAGAUAGUCAGAAAAGUGCA